UAUUGCGCAUGCGCUUUCUGCCUGGGAAAGAUUACCAAAGCUGCAGCCACCGCUAUGGGUACAAAGCUGUUUUAGGAGACAGAAAAACAGAGCGUUUGUUUAAAAAAGAAAAACAAGGGAGGGAAAAAGUUCAAUUUUAAGUUACUAAAAUUGCACACAAACAAAGGGAGCGAAACACAUCAGGUAUUUAGGGAUCUGUUCCUGCUGGAAGAGUGAAAGAAAGGACGAUGGGUUCCACUGGGAUGACCGUAGAGCGUGCGGUUAUUACCUAAUCGAAAACUGCCUUCUCAUCGCAGUCUUCCGGUCACCACUACGCCACCUUCGCAUGCGGUUAACAUGCGGUGAUGUCCUGGGUGAUAGCAUGAGACAUACACCUUCUUCAGCAUCUUCAGUCACGUGGUGAAGUGUAACAGGUUGUCAGCGGUUCUGCCUGGGGGUUCAGCUGGUGAUGUCACGGGUCUCCACCCCCCCUCCUCCAGGGGAGAUGUCCUGUGGACCUGUGGCUGAAAGCUGGUGCUACACACAGGUUAAGGUAGUCAAGUUUUCUUACAUGUGGACCAUAAACAACUUCAGUUUUUGCCGGGAGGAGAUGGGGGAGGUGCUGAAGAGCUCCACGUUCUCAUCAGGCCCCAACGACAAGAUGAAAUGGUGUUUGCGAGUUAACCCAAAGGGACUUGAUGAUGAAAGCAAGGAUUACCUGUCCUUGUAUUUAUUGCUUGUUAGUUGUCCAAAAAGUGAAGUUAGAGCAAAGUUCAAAUUUUCUUUAUUGAACGCAAAAAGAGAAGAAACUAAAGCAAUGGAAAGCCAAAGAGCUUAUCGAUUUGUACAGGGGAAGGAUUGGGGGUUCAAGAAGUUUAUUAGAAGAGACUUCCUGCUUGAUGAAGCGAACGGACUCCUUCCUGAUGACAAGCUGACGCUGUUCUGUGAGGUGAGUGUGGUCCAGGACUCUGUCAACAUCUCCGGCCAGUCCAACAUGAACGUGCUGAGGGUUCCGGAAUGCCAGCUGUCGGAUGACCUCGGUAACCUGUGGGAGUGUUCACGCUUUACCGACUGCAGCCUCUACGUGGGAGGGCAGGAGUUCAAAGCACAUAAGUCCAUAUUAGCAGCGAGAUCACCGGUCUUUAAUGCGAUGUUUGAGCAUGAGAUGGAGGAGAGUAAAAAGAACCGAGUCGACAUCAGUGACGUUGACCCGGACGUCUUCAAGGAGAUGAUGGGCUUCAUUUACACAGGAAAGGCGCCAAAUCUGGAGAAGAUGGCCGAUAACUUGUUAGCUGCAGCGGACAAAUAUGCCUUGGAGCGGCUGAAGGUCAUGUGUGAAGAAGCCCUGUGCAGCAGCCUGUCCGUGGAGAACGUGGCCGACAUCCUCAUCCUCGCCGAUUUGCACAGCGCUGAGCAGCUCAAAGCACAAGCCAUAGAUUUUAUCAACAGGUGCAGCGUUUUGCGACAAUUGGGCUGUAAAGAUGGGAAAAACUGGAACAGCAAUCAAGCGACUGACAUAAUGGAGACUGCAGGCUGGAAAUCAAUGAUCCAGUCCCACCCUCACUUGGUGGCAGAGGCCUUUCGUGCCCUGGCGUCUGCCCAGUGCCCGCCCUUUGGCCUGCCCAGGAAACGCCUAAAACAGUCCUGAUUGGUCCACUUUCCUGAGAGACUCUUACUGGAACGAAUCAUAAUGGAUUGUGAUGUUGGGGGCAUCAACCCCACCCCACCCCUUCCCCCCACCACCAGCACCACCAAAAAUGGGCGGAGCUUGUUUGUUUCAUGUCCAACCCAAUUGUUUGCUCUUCAGGGGCUGGGAAAUGCGGGAAAGAAACACUGGUUUCUUCGGAUUUUGGAAGAGUAACCCCCCCUUCCCCCAACCUUCUCCUUUGUUUGGUCCGCAAGCUUUAUUUUGCAAUGUUUUCAGUAAAAUGGCCUUAAUCUAAUGCCAUUGCUCAAGAGUUUAUAUUGUUAUUUCUGUAUUUAACUGUGUGCCUGCCUUGGCAAAGAUUCCAGGCCUCCUCCAGAUUGCACUAGUUCCCAUAAUGCUGUAGUUUUAAUAUGAAGUUCUAUAGGAACCUGUCAUUGAAUAUUUAAUUAAUGGGAAAUAUUGUAUAUCAUUUGUUUAGCAUCUUCUGUGACUAGACAUUAUGAAAUUGUGACACAUUUUCUUCUAUUUACUAUUUUCAAAUAUAUGCCCCAUAUUGAUGGCACCGUUCAUGUAUUAAGAAAAAAAACUCGUUUACCAUUUUCAAAAGGCAGGUGUUGAAGUAGAAUAAAUGGGAAAAAAAAUACUUGUAAAAUGCAUUAUGAGAAUUUAUGUGAUGUUGGAUUUAACAUGAUGAACUUACCGUUUUGUAUAUUGUACACCUCAGUAUCAAGGGUAAACAUGCAGGUUUGUUUACUGUGAGGUUUGACUUCCAAGGUGAUGUCACACGUAUGACGACCCCCCCCCCCAACCCCUUCAGGUUAACGGAGUUUGUUCAUUAGUCAUUUCAGGUUGACUUCCCCGUUCUUUAAGUGGCACGGUUUUCUGGAAUUUUUAUGAACUGCUGUGCCGUUGCCAUGAAUGAGAACAGGGGGUUGCGAUCAGUCUGAAGGAACAAUCGGUAUACCUGUCCAACCCCCCCCACCCCAACUUACAUGAAUGUUCAUGUAGGGACGGGAAAACAAUAAAUUGAGUUAAAUGGUCAUUUAAUCUGUGUUUGAAGAAGGAAAAAAAAGGCACAAUGUCUUUUGAAGACGGGGAAGCCAGAGUGCAGAGCAUCUCUGUCCCAUAGCGUCAAUGUACGUCUUCGAAGGCCAGAAUCUUAAAUCCACGAAGGAGAAUGAUCUGCUGCUUUUAUUUGCAGUGUAAUGGCAUCUGGCGUAACUGCUGUAAUCGAGUGGUGGCAACCCGAGCGUUCAUUCAUUCAUUCAUUCAUUCAUUCAGUCGUCCUGCUUUUUGAUGGUGUUUUGUCACUAAAAGUGUCAGUGUUUGUCACAAGGUUUUUUUUUUUUUGGAUCCCUCCCUUCCUCAGCUGGUUUGUUUUGUAAUCAACUUAUUUCAGCGUUUUCUGUGCUGAGACUUUUUGUCCUCUGGGGUAACUUUACUCCAGUGAUGUUUUAAAAAAAAAAGAAAAGCCCAGCGUGAUAGCUCCUUUCUCCAGUUUUUUGUUGCAUACCCCCCCCCCAACCCCCACCCUUCCGUUUCUGUAUCUCCUCAAUCCUGUGCUCCUCUUCUAUGUACAAUUUCUCAGCCAGACCUGUACCAAAGCAAACGUACCUCCCAGAGAUGAGCUGCUGCUGCUGUACUUUGGUAGAUUACCAUCCACAAUAUAUAUGUGUGUCUUACACGGUGCAUGUGUCGACGUGCAUUGCACAAGUCCUUAGAAUUAAAGGGAUGUCGCAGUGAAUUCCGUUUCCUAGCUAGAAACGCAAACUAUUUUUGAACUGGGCAUUAAGGUCUUUUGUUUCACAGACACAAGCUUUGAUAUGCUAUUUAUGAACGAGAGCCACACCUGUCCGUCUUACAACAGUGCUGUUCCUGGCAGUAUGAUCCCUGCUACUCUCGCCUUCCACCUUCCUGCUUUGAUUGUUCCAGUCAUUUCACUUUUCACACUUACUUUUUUUUUGCAAAUUCUUUGAUCUAAUUGGAGAGGCUGAAAAUGAGUGAUAUAUAUUUUCAACUGAAGCAGUGUUAGCCCGUGUUUUUUCUUUUUUGUAUGUUUUAACAUUUUCUGUACUUUGUCGUUUUCACCGAAUGGUUCUGAUCAUACAAAGAAAACAAAUCAAAGCAAACUCACUGAUCAAUUGACGCAUGGUGUAUUAUGAUGGCUAUAAUAUAUUUCCUUUGUCCAGUUAAUCAGUUAAUUUGCUGUUUGCAAAUGUACCCAUGUAAGUCAUAUGUCUGCUGAACAAAUCCUUAAAGUGUGUUACUGAUCAAA